AUGAAAAAACCUAGUAGUGCUAUCCCUGCUGGAUUAAAAUGUGAAACACGAUAUGAUUCUGAAUAUGAAUGUACAAAUGAAUGUGGAAUAACAAUUAGUUCAUUAUCAGCUAGUACAACCUAUCAAAUUGAUGUAUGUGUUAUAAGUAAUAAAGGCAAAGGACCACGAGUAACAAUAAAUGUAGUUACUGCUUCUGCAGGUGACUCAAAUCCAGCACCACCUACAUUUUCAAUAGUAGGUCGACGUGAAAUACAUAUUAAAUGGCAACCACCAGAAGUUUUAUCUGGUCGUUUUAGUCGUUAUGAACUUUUAUGUAAUAAACGAUGUAUUUAUUC